AUGUCGAGCAGUUAUAAGCAGAAGAAGCUGAAGACUCUGGCAACACGCAAAAAGACACGCAAACGCCGCAUAGUCGAAGGUCUUACACCUGAUGAUGACUCAGGUCGCUUGCUUCAACCGCCAAGCACUCGCGAUCCGCGGUGGAAGAAACCAUCGAUCGAGAACGAAAAUGUUGGCAAGGACGACUCGAUUGAAAUAGCUCAACAGGAAUUUGUCAGCAAUGAUGACAAGCCAGAGGGUGUGCAAUCAGAUGAGAUAUUUGAUAAUGAUGCACGUUUUGAGCUGUUAAAAACACCUCUGUGGCUAUGCAGUUCAUCGGAUAAUGCGGUGGCUAAAGCGGUCGCGAAGCACACAGAGAUUCGUUGUAUGGACAAAAGACAGAAGGCAAAAGUGCUUAUCUUGGUGGAUACACGAUCAAUGUUUAAGCUUGUGAAAAAGAAGAUGAAUAUUCAUACAUCAAUGAUCAAGAUGAAGAGCAAGCGUGGUGUAGGCUCAGGAAAAAAGCCUGAAAUGGGUUACAAAACCACUGGACUGGUCAAGACGCCAUUGGACUGCUUUAAAAGUGUGAAUAAAACCGUACUUGAGGAAUACAAGAGUGGAAAAGUGUCAUCUAUUCUUGCUGAGGACUUGACUUUCUAUCCGUAUACGGAGUUCAAGGUGCAACAUGUGAUUUUCGUGGCCAAGCAAGCAAGUUCAGCUAUCAACUUGGAUCGCAAUUUGUUACGAGAUAUUCAGCUGCACUUGUUUGUCGUUGGUGAUACAAAGGGAGGAAUAUCUGAGGAUGACCUCAAGGCGCUUCAGGCUGCAUACGAUGUCACUGUAGAUGAUAGCUAG